CGUCAUGCGCCGCCCACCGCUGACGGCUCCUCACGACACCGCCCGGCCGAGCGGCUGGGCCGCUGAACGUCACUCGCUACGUCAUUUCUGCAUCCGGAGCGGCAGCCCUUCUAGCCGGGUGCGCUCAGAGGGGCCUCUAUGGUGAGAGGCCGGGGCGCGGAGUCGGUGGCGCCGUGCCGCCCCGCUCGGUGAGGGCGGCUGGAGCCCCGCCGCCCGGCCGGGCCCGGCCCUGCCCGAGGGGCCUCGCGGGGAGCGGCAGCCAUGAGCGUCGCGGAGCGGCCUGAGGAGAAGGAGGAGGCGGCGGCCAGCCCCGGGCGGCCGCUGGGUCCUAGUGAUGCAUCUCCAGAUGAAGGAGUAGUAGAAGAUCUGCCUUUAAUAGAUGAGAAAGCUGUGGAGCAGCUAACUGAAGGAUUGAUUUCUCAUUAUCUGCCUGAUCUUCAGCGAUCAAAAUCAGCACUACAGGAACUUACACAGAACCAAGUAGUAUUACUGGAAACAUUAGAACAAGAAAUUGCAAAAUUCAAAGAGUGUAACUCCAUUCUUGAUAUCAAUGCUUUGUUUUCAGAAGCUAAACACUAUCACAACAAGUUAGUGAAUAUUAGAAAUGAAAUGAUGAUGCUCCAUGAGAAGACAUCAAAGUUAAAAAAAAGAGCACUUAAGCUGCAACAGAAGAGGCAGAAGGAAGAACUAGAACGAGAACAGCAACGUGAGAAGGAGCUUGAAAGAGAAAAGCAGUUAACAGCAAAACCUGCUAGGAGGACGUGAAAGCUGAGCGUGCAACGACUUGUCCAAAUUAAUCGUUUCUGCAUUCUCUGGAAUUAAGGCAGAUUUUGCCUCAACUGGGCUAUAGCUGUUACUAGCAACAGUCUACUCUAUGAUAUUAUAAAUUCCAGAAUGGUAAUAAUAGGGUUGGUAACAUUCAAAUGUUUUCAUUUCAGCCAUUCAAGUUGCCUUCUUUUGUAAUGCUAUGCAGUUUGAUAUUAUUAUAAUGUAAGUUAAUUUUUUUUUAUAUAUGUAUAUAGGAGAACUUGAGCAUCACAGUUUUAAAUAACUACCCAUUUUUUUCAUCCGUUCUUCUGGUGUUUAGAAUUCUGAGAGAUAUUUGGUGACUGGUGUACAUCUCUUUCAGACAAAAUACAGAAUACUAGUUAAAGCUC